UGAGUGUGCGUCACGCAGCUACAAAAGAGCUGCAUAAAAGAAUCGUCGCGUCGCAGGCGGAAAAAGUCCCAGGGCCGGAGACUUCAACAUGCAGAUCUUUGUGAAGACCCUGACUGGCAAGACCAUCACUCUUGAGGUCGAGCCUAGCGACACUAUUGAAAAUGUGAAGGCCAAGAUUCAGGACAAGGAAGGCAUCCCCCCAGAUCAGCAGAGGCUGAUCUUUGCUGGCAAGCAGCUGGAAGAUGGGCGCACCCUGUCUGACUACAACAUCCAGAAGGAAUCCACCCUGCACCUGGUGCUGCGCCUGAGGGGUGGCUUCUAGAUAUUGUGUGUCUUGCUCUAUAAGAUUGCCAAUAGCAUUUGUUUUUGCACUGUAGUCCUUUAAUGUCUUAAUACUAAGUUAAAUGCAAGGUUAAUGCAAGCUUAAGUAACUGCUGAACUGUCUGUUUAAAUGCUAAUAAAGUUUAUGUUGCACAUCAA